UGGUCACACCUACAGCGCUGCACAAAAUCAGCUGACAUAUGUACGUAUAUCUUAGUAUACGUGAGGAAGCGAUGAUAUUUAUUCAGUUGACUUAGGAACUUUGUAGUGUGAACGUGUCGCAUUGUUAUUCCACUGAUUUCUCAUUCGUAAUAGAGGUGAACUGCCGUGUUUGUUAGGUAUUCGCAAUAAAAUGGAUCCCAAAUUUGUGCGAGGUUUCUCUCUCAAAGAAGCCUUAGAUAUAGUAUAUAACGACGAAGAAGAUAGCAAUGGUGUGUGUGACAUUUACAUAUCACCGCCGGAACCAAAUGUACUGACAGAUGAAGAUUCGGGUGAUGAAGAAGGCGGGGAAAUGGAUAAUUUAUCACGUGGCCAAUUAUCAACUGCAGCAGAAAUCCGACUUUCUGACAAUUCGCGCAUAACUGGCUUCGAAGAUGUUUCAAAUGAAGAAGGCAGUGAAGGAGACAAUAGUUUAUUAGAAAGUGAAGUUAGUCAGAUUGAAAAAUGUGGUCCAAGCACUAGUUCAAACAAGAGCACCAAAAAGACGAAUUCAACGAAGAAGCCGCAGAAGAAAGUGAAAGAAACACUCAAAAGAACUUGGAUCGAGGGCGAUCUUCUAAAAACGACAGCAGUAUUUCCACAGCCAGACUAUACCAAUUUUAUAGGAAAAUCCCCAACAGAUUUAUUUGAAUUGUUUUUCGACGACGACAUUGUUCGUAUGUUAGUAGAAGAAUCAAAUAAAUAUGCGCUCUUCCUAAACCAUCCAGAUCCGAAAAUAGAAUCUGAUGAAAUGAAGUGUUUCAUCGGUAUACUUAUUUUGACCGGGUAUAACUCUCUUCCCGGAAAAUGUUUUUACUGGGAUUCAGAAUCGGACAUAGGAAAUCAAUUAGUAAAGGAAGCAAUGCGUAGGGACAGAUUUCGACAGAUAAUGCGUUUUUUACAUUGUGCCGAUAAUACCAAACCCAAUUACAAAGACAAAAUGUGGAAACUUAGGCCGCUCAUUGAAAAACUUCAAAAAAAUUAUUUGAAAUAUUUUAAGCCGACAGAAAAUAUGAGUUACGACGAAUGUAUGGUGAAAUACUAUGGCAGACACAGCUGCAAACAGUUUAUUCGCGGAAAACCGAUAAGAUUUGGCUAUAAAGUAUGGAGUUUGAAUGCCGAAAACGGCUACCUAAUCAACUUCGAUAUAUAUCAGGGAAGUAAUCCGAAGUCGGUUACUGAAUAUGACAAUAAAUUUGGAAAAGCUACUUCUCCAUUACUAAUAAUGCUAGACUCCUUGCCAGAUAGAAAUCUUCGUUAUCAAAUUUAUACAGACAAUUUGUUUACGAGUUUCAAUCUUUUGACGGAGCUAAAGCAAAGAGGCUAUGGAGUUACAGGAACCGUUAGAGAAAAUAGGGUUCCAAAGGACUGCCCAAUAACUUCUAAAUUAGACAUGAAGAAAAAAAAAAGAGGUUCUAUCGAGUCUAAAAUUUCAAAAGAUGAAGGUGUGAUACUAGUGCGUUGGACUGACAAUGCCCCUGUUACCAUGGCUUCAACUUCUUAUGGAAUUGAACCCACUUCUUUGGUGAAAAGAUAUUCACAGUCCGAGAAGAAAAUUAUUCAAAUUCCCCAGCCACGUCUUAUAAAUGCCUAUAAUAAAUAUAUGGGUGGGACAGAUCGGAUGGACGAAGAUAUUGCGCGCCAUAGAAUAGGUAUCAGAAGUAAGAAAUGGUAUUGGCCGUUACUUACUUGGCUUAUAGAUACCGCAUUACACAAUGCAUGGAUACAGUAUAAAAGUGCAGGUAAUUCAAUUACUAAUCUGAAUUUCAGAAGAGAAAUUGUAAAGGUAUACCUAAAUAGGUUUAAAACUGCCCCAAAAAGAUAUGGAAGACCAACAACGAGUAGAAAUAGUGUCUCCAUGAAUAGGAUUUCGGAUGAUAUCAGGUAUGACCAUAAGGACCACUUAGUUGUUCCAGUUCCAAAUAACAAGAGGAGAAGAUGUGCCGGAGAAGGAUGCUCCUCUGUUGGUCGAACACAGUGCAAUAAAUGUGAUUUGGGACUAUGUGUGGAAUGUUUUUAUAUAUUUCACAUUAAAUAA